UCACAACCCUUACAACAGGUGAAACAACACUAUCUCAGUCCUUUUCGACACAAACAAAAGAUGCUCAAACAUUUACUAAAACAACAGAAACUGGUCCUACUCUUAAUACAAAAUCAGAAAUAAACACUGAAACUCAAACAGGUGUUCUUCCAUCAACAGAAAGUUUUCAACCAACAACUAGCACAUCAACGGCAACAAGUAACGGGAAUACUUUUACUUCAGCAGUAUCAGAAACUGGAAAUGUGGAAACAACGGCCAUAGGCUCUCCAACAACAAUCGCACCAACAACAGAUACAGAUACUACCUUUACAACAACAUCACCAAUAUUAAGUACAAAUGGAAGCAUAGCAACAGCUUUUACAUCAGUAGAAACAUUCCAGCCAACAACUACCACAUCAGCACAACCAACAACAGAAAGUGUCACCAUCUCUAGAACAGCUGAAUCAACAACCAUACUCAGUGGAAGAGGAACUUCUCCUUCUCCAGCAGAGACCAUCUCCCUUACAACCAUCAUCGCUCCACCGACAACAACAGAUGUUAAAACAACAUCCACAGAGGAACCCACAACAGGGAAAACAAUGGCAUUUACAACUGUUCUGACAACUACCACUGCUGUCUCCACAACAGAAAGUGAUGUCACAACCCUUACAACAGGUGAAACAACACUAUCUCAGUCCUUUUCGACACAAACAAAAGAUGCUCAAACAUUUACUAAAACAACAGAAACUGGUCCUACUCUUAAUACAAAAUCAGAAAUAAACACUGAAACUCAAACAGGUGUUCUUCCAUCAACAGAAAGUUUUCAGCCAACAACAAUUACAUCAACGCCAACAAGUAACGGAAAUACUUUUACUUCAGCAGUAUCAGAAACAGGACAUGUGGAAACAACGGCCAUAGCCUCUCCAACAACAAUCGCACCAACAACAGAUACAGAUACGACCUUUACAACAACAUCACCAAUAUUAAAUACAAAUGGAAGUCUGGCAACAGCUUCUACAUCAGUAGAAACCUUUCAGCCAACAACAACCACAUCAGCACAACCAACCACAGAAAGUGUCACCAUCUCUAAAACAGCUGAAUCAACAACUGCAUUCGGUGAGAGAACUUCUCCUUCUCCAGCAGAGACCAUCUCCCUUACAACCAUCACCGCUCCACCGACAACAACAGAUGUUAAAACAACAUCCACAGAGGAACCUACAACAGGGAAGACAAUGUCAUUUACAACUGUUCUGACAACCACCACUGCUGUCUUCACAACAGAAAGUGAUGUCACAACCCUUACAACAGGUGAAACAACACUAUCUCAGUCCUUUUCGACACAAACAAAAGAUGCUCAAACAUUCACUAAAACGACAGAAACUGGUCCUACUCUUAAUACAAAAUCAGAAAUAAAUACUGAAACUCAAACAGGUGUUCUUCCAUCAACAGAAAGUUUUCAACCAACAACAAUCACAUCAACGCCAACAAGUAAUGGGAAUACUUUUACUUCGACAGUAUCUGAAACUAGAAAUGGGGAAACAACGGCCAUAGGCUCUCCAACAACAAUCGCACCAACAACAGAUACAGAUACUACCUUUACAACAACAUCACCAAUAUUAAGUACAAAUGGAAGUCUAACAACAGCUUUUACAUCAGUAGAAACAUUUCAGCCAACAACAACCACAUCAGCACAACCAACAACAGAAAGUGUCACCAUCUCUAGAACAGUUGAAUCAACAACCAUACUCAGAGGAAGAGGAACUUCUCCUUCUCCAGCAGAGACCAUCUCCCUUACAACCAUCACCGCUCCACCGACAACAACAGAUGUUAAAACAACAUCCACAGAGGAACCCACAACAGGGAAGACAAUGUCAUUUACAACUGUUCUGGCAACUACCACUGCUGUCUCCACAACAGAAAGUGAUGUCACAACCUUUGCAACAGGUAAAACAACACUGUAUCAGUCCUUUUCGACACAAACAAAAGAUGCUCAAACAUUCACUAAAACGACAGAAACUGGUCCUACUCUUAAUACAAAAUCAGAAAUAAACACUGAAACUCAAACAGGUGUUCUUCCAUCAACAGAAAGUUUUCAACCAACAACAAUCACACCAACAACAGAUACAGAUACGACCUUUACAACAACAUCACCAAUAUUAAGUACAAAUGGAAGUCUGGCAACAGCUUCUACAUCAGUAGAAACCUUUCAGCCAACAACAACCACAUCAGCACAACCAACAACAGAAAGUGUCACCAUCUCUAAAACAGCUGAAUCAACAACUGCAUUCGGUGAGAGAACUUCUCCUUCUCCAGCAGAGACCAUCUCCCUUACAACCAUCACCGCUCCACCGACAACAACAGAUGUUAAAACAACAUCCACAGAGGAACCCACAACAGGGAAGACAAUGGCAUUUACAACUGUUCUGACAACUACCACUGCUGUCUCCACAACAGAAAGUGAUGUCACAACCCUUACAACAGGUGAAACAACACUAUCUCAGUCCUUUUCGACACAAACAAAAGAUGCUCAAACAUUCACUAAAACGACAGAAACUGGUCCUACUCUUAAUACAAAAUCAGAAAUAAAUACUGAAACUCAAACAAGUGUUCUUCCAUCAACAGAAAGUUUUCAACCAACAACAAUCACAUCAACGCCAACAAGUAAUGGGAAUACUUUUACUUCGACAGUAUCAGAAACUAGAAAUGGGGAAACAACGGCCAUAGCCUCUCCAACAACAAUCGCACCAACAACAGACACAGAUACUACCUUUACAACAACUUCACCAAUAUUAAAGAACUUCUCCUUCUCCAGCAGAAACCAUCUCCCUUACAACCAUCACCGUUCCACCGACAACAACAGAUGUUAA